AUGGGGGCCGUCCACACCCACCCAGCACCGAUCCGCACCGAUCCGCGGAUGUGCUGCGAAAGACCAGCGAGGAAGCCGCCGUAUAGCUGGGCUCCUGCGGGGCGACAUAAUGAAGAGAUCCGCAUCGUGGUGCCCAUCCCAGAGGAUUGCACAGCACAGGAGGUGGACUUUCAACUGGCAUAUGGGCGAAUCCGCCUCACCUGUCGCGGCGUCGUCCUUCUGGACGGUGAGCUCUGGGGUGCCGUCGACCUCGACGACUGCGAGUGGAUGAUCGAGGACUCGCCGGUGAGAAGCGACGCGUCCGGUGGAGCGCCAGCAGCGGAGGAUCGAGUGGAAGGACGCUGUGUGGUGAUCUCUUUGGGGAAGCUCCAUGUCCGGGAGCAUUGGGAGAGGCUGCUGAAAUCGGAGGAGGGCGCGACAGGUGGAUGGGAAACUUUUAGGCCAGGCUCGCGAAAGGAAGUGGAUAUGGCGGUGUUGGGCUCUUUGGAGUAUGUCAACAGUUUGCUGAACCAGCGCGACGCGCAGUACGCGCGGGAAUAUUUGGACUACAUCCUGCCGGAGUCUUUGCUUGGCCAGCAGUUUCUUUGGUUUCUUCAUGUGGAACCAUUUUUAAACCCAAAUGUUCGAGCGGAGCAUAGCAGAGCUAAUUGUCGCAAUUAG